GUAGUAGCCAACUCUGCAGAUACUGUGUGAUAAUAGCUCUUUUUCUUCCAGGUGGCUGUGCUCCCUUGUUGGAAUGUUGGCUGUAGGUGUCAGCUUGCUCUGUGUACCUCUGGCUCACAAUAUUUUUGGUCUCAUUGGCCCCAAUGCAGGCCUUGGCUUUGCUAUAGGCAUGGUGGAUUCCUCUCUGAUGCCCAUCAUGGGAUACCUGGUGGACUUACGCCACAGCUCUGUGUAUGGGAGUGUCUACGCCAUCGCUGAUGUGGCUUUUUGUGUGGGCUUUGCUAUUGGCCCAUCUACCGGGGGUGUUAUUGUACAGGUCAUCGGCUUCCCUUGGCUCAUGGUCAUCAUUGGUACCAUCAACAUCAUCUAUGCCCCUCUCUGCUGCUUCCUGAAGAACCCACCAGCAAGGGAGGAGAAGCUG